AUGGCCAUUCGCAUCAACCUCCCUCCUGUCACUCGGGUCCUGCUCGGGACUAUUGUGUCCUUAUCCUUCCUCUACAACAUCGCGCGAUGGAGGCUGUCAACAGAUAAUGCCAGUGUCGGCGAUCCGACCACGACAAAUCCACCUGUACGACCCAUCGUCCCAUACUUAGCCUUGGUUCCUUCACAAUGUCUGUGGUAUCCUUGGACGUUUCUCAGCGCAACCUUUGUUGAGCAAAAUAUUCUUACCCUCCUCAUCAACGGCAUCAAUAUUUUCUUUGGUGGAAAAUACCUGGAAAGAGCAUGGGGAACCCAGGGUUUUGUUUACGUUAUCCUGAUCUCAUCUAUAAUACCCAACUUGCUGAUGGUGCCAACCUACAUCCUUUGGGGAGCCAUCACGAGCAAUCCUGAAAGAGCCAUGACUCCCAUCGCUGGUGGUAUUUCGACACAGGCGGCCUUCCUAGUUGCCUUUAAGCAGCUCGUUCCCGAGCAUACCGUCAGCAUAUACAGGGGCAUGAUCAAGAUGCGUGUCAAACAUUUCCCUGCAGUUUUCCUCGCGCUAAACACCCUCUCCGGACUGAUCAUCGGCACCGAUGUUGGCCUUUUUCUCGCAUGGUAUGGAUUGAUAACAACUUGGACAUACCUCCGCUUCUACAAGCGCCAGCCUGAUCUGUCGGGAUCGGGGACUGAUGGCCGGGGCUUGAAGGGCGAUGCCAGCGAAACGUUCGCCUUUGCAACCUUCUUUCCUGAUGUCAUGCAGCCGCCAAUUGCCGCUUUUUGCGACCAGGUCUACAUUUUGUUGUGUAAUCUGAAGAUAUGCACGCCUUUCUCUGAGGAAGAAAUCGCGACUGGGAAUGAACAAGCCGCGGCAAGGGGGGAGGCAGGCCUCCCCAGUUUCAACAAACACGCCCGCGGCGCUCGAGGCAUGAGCAAACGGGAAGAGGCCGAACGACGGCGCGCACUGGCCCUCAAAGCGUUAGAUGAACGGCUCAAUGCUGCAGCCAAUCGAGCUCCCGUCCAGCCAACCGCGACGAGUGCGCCCGACUUGCCAAAAGGACAGGAAAUGCUCGGACAGACCGACUAUCGCCCAGAUGAAUGA